GUAGCGUACACAUGCCCUGAGCUGAUGUCGUGCUAAAGUUCACCAUAUUUAUUCACCUUUCUCUAAAACACCUGCCCCAUUAGUCAAAGUCCCCCUCAGAUCCCAUUCACAUACAUCCCAGCUGCCAGCGAGAAAUUACUAAGAACCAGGACCUAGAGAGAAACAACAGGAAUUGAGCAGGACAAUGAAGCUGAAGAUCCCCAACCCAGGCCUGGAUGAUCGAAUCCUGAGCCACGAACAGCUGGAGAAGCUGGAGAUUGAGGAGGCAGGGGACAGGCCACAAUGGGACAACAAAACCCAGUAUAUGCUGACUUGUGUGGGCUUCUGUGUGGGACUCGGUAAUGUCUGGCGCUUCCCCUACUUAUGUCAGAGCCAUGGGGGAGGAGCCUUUAUGAUUCCUUUCCUGAUCCUGCUCGUGUUUGAGGGAAUUCCUCUUCUUCACCUGGAGUUCGCCAUUGGACAGCGUUUGAGGAAAGGCAGUGUGGGGGUCUGGAGAACCAUUAGCCCAUACAUGACUGGAGUAGGAAUUGCAUCCAUGUGUGUGUCUCUGUUGGUAAGCCUCUACUACAACACUAUAAUUGCCUGGGUCAUGUGGUACUUCUUUAACUCAUUCCAGGACCCGCUACCAUGGAGCCAGUGCCCUGUCAAUGCAAAUAGAACAGGUUUGGUGUCAGAAUGUGAGAGGAGCUCCCCUGUGGAUUAUUUUUGGUACAGAAAGACCCUGGACACAACAACAACUAUAGAUGAAUCAGGAGGACUGAAGUGGUGGAUGGUGCUGUGUCUAAUCUCUGCCUGGGCUGUACUCUAUGUCUGCUGUAUCCGUGGAAUAGAGACCACUGGCAAGGCAGUAUAUGUGACCUCUACAUUACCCUAUGUGGUUCUUACCAUUUUCCUAAUCAGAGGGUUGACUCUGAAAGGCUCCGUCAAUGGGAUUAUAUUUCUUUUUACCCCAGAUCUCAAUGAGUUAGCAAACCCAUCAACCUGGCUGGAUGCAGGUGCUCAGGUAUUCUAUUCCUUCUCACUGGCGUUUGGUGGCCUUAUCUCCUUCUCCAGCUACAACUCAGUACAUAACAACUGUGAGCAAGAUGCCGUGAUCAUUUCCAUCAUCAACGCCUUCACCUCAAUCUUUGCUGCCACUGUAAUCUACACCAUCAUCGGUUUCAGAGCCACAGAAAGAUAUGAUGACUGUAUAGCAACAAACAUUAUGACUUUGCUGAACACAUUUGACCUUCCAGAAGCAAACAUCACUGAAAGUAACUACAAUCAAGUAUUUCAAGAGCUUAACAACACAUACCCCAGCAUCAUUCAGGAUCUAAGUCUUCAGACCUGCAACCUGGACACAUUCCUCAGUCAGGGUGUUGAGGGCACAGGCCUGGCCUUUAUCGUCUUCACUGAGGCCAUCACCAAGAUGCCUUUGUCUCCUCUCUGGUCUGUCCUAUUCUUUGUCAUGCUCUUCUGCCUUGGCCUAUCGUCCAUGUUUGGAAACAUUGAAGGGGUCCUGGUGCCUUUGCAGGAUUUAAAUGUCUUCCCCAAACAUUGGCCUAAAGAAGUCAUCACAGGAUUGACCUGUGUGGUGUGUUUUUUCAUUGCGUUAAUAUUCGUCCAAGGGUCAGGGAAUUACUGGCUGGCUCUCUUUGACAAUUUUGCUGGUUCCAUUCCUCUACUCAUUAUUGCCUUCUGUGAGAUGGUUGGAGUGGUGUAUGUUUAUGGAAUAGAUAAGUUCAAUGAGGACCUAGUCUUCAUGAUUGGCCAUAAGCCCAAUAUCUUCUGGCAGGCCACAUGGAGAUUUAUCAGCCCCCUCAUCAUGCUGGUUAUCUUCCUCUUCUAUUUUGUUACCACCAUCUCCAAGGAACUCUUUUACAUCGCCUGGGACCCUGAAUCGCCAAAAUUUCCUACUUUGGAGCAGAAGCCCUACUCAUCCUGGAUUUAUGUAAUAAUCUUCAUAUUGGCUGGAAUUCCUAGUCUUUCUAUACCUUGUGCUGCCAUUAUCAGGGUUAUACGAAAGCGAUGUUGUUAACUGGAAGUGUGUGCAUAUAUAUAUAUAUAUAUAUUGGAUAAAUAGUAUUAUUUCUUUAUGCCACUAUUUUAAAUGACUUUUUUUUUUUUACAAUUCUGUUUUACUAUUACUGUUAGAAAUACUCCUCCUUACUGGUUUUAUGACAUUCCAGUUACAGUGUAUCAUCAAAUUCUGCUUGUAAUUUCCAGUAAAUGUCCAUAGUAUAUGUUUGUUGUACCAAAUACCCUAAAGAACAUUAUUUAUUUUUAGCAAACAUUUUCACUGUACUAUAUGUGCAUGAUCUGAACAUCUGACCAGUUUUGUUAAUGAACAUGGUUUGUUAAUGGACAUGGUUCAAUUUGAAUUAAUUUAAGUAAUACUUGCUCAGUGCAUUUUAUAUAUGUAUCCUAUUUCCUGUUUCGUAAAACAAUGUUCAACUAAAAUAAAAUAUUGCAAAGUAA